AUGCAGCCACUUCCUCAGCAGAGUCACCUUCUGCUGACCAUCAAUCACUUGGAGCCAGAGGAGGAGUCAGUGCCUUUGUACCUGCUCUCCCUCCUGGUGUGGUUACUGCCUAAAAACUACCAGCAUGUUCUUGCCUUUUUCUUUGCUGUUAAUGAGAUUGGGAAGAGGAAUCUCUUACCCAACACCACAUUGGGAUCAAAGAUCUUUGACAAUGCUUUUGAUCAACAAUCAACAUAUUGGAACACUCAGCAGCUACUUUUCAGAGGAGAGGUGAUUCAUUGUAAUUAUUACUGUGACCGAAAGCAGCAACCCAUGGCCACCGUUGGAGCACUUACCUCCCAAAACACCAUUCAGAUGGCCAAUAUCUUAACUAUCUUCAAGAUUCCACAGAUCAGUUAUGGUUCCAUUGAUCUUACACUGAACGAUAAAACUCACUACCCAUAUUUCUUCUCAAUGGUUCCCAAUGAAGUUCAUCAGUAUGUUGGGAUUGUUCAUCUCCUUAAGUAUUUUGGAUGGAAUUGGAUUGGCCUAAUCACAGCAGAUGAUGACGACGGAGAGAUGUUCAUUCAGAACUUCAUGCCGAGGUUGUUGCAGAGUAACAUUUGCAUUGCUUUCAAAGAACUCAUUCCGAAAUUGAGGAGUUACAUAAAAAUUAAGUCAUCUCUAGAAAUUUUGGAAAGGAUAGGUUUUAAUAUCUUCUUGAACAAAGCCAAUACCAUCCUUGUUUAUGGAGAUCGUCAGUCCAUGGAAGCUUUAACAAUAAUUCUAGACUUUUUUGAAAUUUAUCGCAAACUACUAAUAGAGAGAGUUUGGAUUAUAACAUCUCAAUGGGAUGUUACAUCUGUUUUCUCUGUGAAUAAAUUAACUGUAAAAUCCCUCAAUGGCACUUUGUCCUUUGCACUGCACACAAAUAUGGUUUCCGGAUUUCAGGAGUUCAUUGAGACCAUAAAUCCAUAUCAAUCGGAGAUUUAUUUUAUCCAAGAGUUCUGGUGCCAAGUGUUUCUCUGCUCCUUACCAUUAUAUAAUCUUUAUUAUGGAAAUGCUGGAAACUGUACAGGGGAGGAGGGACUAGGGAGCCUCCCAGGAACAGUGUUUGAAAUGAGAAUGUCUGGUCAGAGUUAUGGCAUCUAUAAUGGAGUUUAUGCUGUGGCACAUGCUCUCCAUGCCAUGUAUUCAUCGAGAACCUGGAAGAAAGCAAUUGUGGAAGGAGGACAUCUCAAUGUUCAGCCAUGGCAAAUGCAUUUGUUUCUGAGAAAUGUCCGAUUUAACAAUAGUGCUGGGGAAGAAAUCUUUUUUGAUGAAAACGGAGACCUGGCUGGUGGCUACAAUAUCAUAAAUCUGAUCACCUUUCCCAAUCAGACUUUUCAGAGAGUGCGAGUGGGAUGGAUGGACCCCUGGUCUCCUACAGGCAAAGAGUUCACCAUUAAUGCAAGUGCUAUUGUGUGGAAUCACAAGUUCCAGCAGAGUGUCCCAAAAGCUACGUGUGUCCCGAACUGCCAUUCUGGAUACAGCAGGAUUGUUCAGGAGGGGAAGCCAGUUUGUUGUUAUGAGUGUGCUCAGUGCCCUCAAGGGAGCAUUUCAAACCAGACUGCAGAUGCUGACCAAUGUGAGAAAUGCCCUGAAGAUCAAUAUCCUAAUAAGAAACAGGAUGAGUGCAUUCCUAAAUUGAUCUCCUACUUAUCCUUUGAGGACCCGAUCGGUGCAGGCUUGGCUUCUGUUGCCAUUUUGGUUUUUGUGAUUGCAGUUGCUGUGAUGGGGAUCUUUGUGACACACUGGAACACACCUAUUGUGAAAGCCAACAACUGCAGCAUCACAUGCAUCCUGCUCUCCUCUCUGAUGCUUGGCCUUCUGUGUUCCUUCCUUUUCAUCGGCCAGCCUGGGACUGUGACUUGUCUCCUCCGGCAAACACUGUUUGGCAUCAUCUUCUCCCUUUCAGUUUCUUGCAUCUUGGCCAAAACCAUCACUGUGGUUCUUGCCUUUAUGGCCACUAAGCCAUCAAGCAGGAUGAGGAAAUGGGUGGGGAAGAGACUGGCUUUCUCAGUCAUCAUUUUUUGUUCUUUGAUUCAAACUGUCAACUGUGCCUCAUGGCUGGCAACCUCACCCCCCUUUCUGGAAUUCGACAAGAUCUCCCAGCUGACUGUUAUCAUUGUGCAAUGCAACGAAGGCUCCGCCCUCCUGUUUUAUAUGGUUUUGGGCUACAUGGGUCUUCUGGCCAUCAUUAGUUUCACUGUGGCUUUCCUAGCACGAAAGCUGCCUGAUUCUUUUAAUGAAGCCAAGCUGAUCACCUUCAGCAUGUUGGUCUUCUGCAGCGUUUGGGUGUCCUUUGUCCCAACGUAUCUGAGCACCAAGGGGAAAUACAUGGUGGCCGUGGAGAUCUUCUCCAUAUUGGCCUCUAGUGUUGGCUUAUUGGCUUGUAUUUUCUUCCCCAAAUGCUAUAUUAUUUUAGUCCGGCCAGAGCUAAACACCAGAGAGCAGCUAGGCAAAAGAAAACAAAAGCCAAUUACUCGUAAUUAUACCUAA